CUAUCGACCGCUGUCAAAACUAUCGAGUAGCAAUAGCAUACAGCAGCACGAUGUCCUCUUAAAAUUGUAUAAAAUUUUACAUAAAAAACAACACUAAAUGUUUGAAGUGGCGACUGUUGUGCACACGUUGUUCCAUUGCUCGCGCCCAGUUUUACUGCAACCGAAUCCCUAUAAACAAUAACAACAACAAUCAGCAAGGCCGAUAGAUAUUAACCAGCAAUCAAAAUGGCCGAGGCAAUGGUCGUGGAAGAGCGCCCCUCGGUACCGAAACGUUUUUUCUGUCACAUGUGCAAUGUGGAGAUUAACAUUCCGAAUACCGAUUACACUUGCCCACUCUGCUCAAACGGAUUCGUUGAGGAGCUGCCAGCGAAUGCGCCCGAAUUGUCAGCUUCUACUAGCAGCACCAGCAGCAGCGCCACCAAUCACGAUACAGCCAAUGCUGGCACUAGCUCCAGCAUCAACACCCUUGGCAGCGGCGCCGGCGUCAGCGGAUUAAUCAACGUUGAAUCGCUGCGGAAUGACAUUGUAUCGCUGCUCAGCAUGCGGAAUGUGCCCAAUUUGGAAAUAACGAUUGAACCGAAUCGACGUCACGCCAGCGUAAUGCACGUGGGUAGUUCAGGCGGCGGCAAUGUGUCUGGCGCUCCGACAAGUGGGGCGUCCAGCAUUGCUGGUGGUCGUGUGCGACCUGCCAAUUUAGAUCGCUUAGACAAUGUACUGUAUGAUUUUCUGCAGAGUUUGCCAUUGGCAGGCGCCACGGCCGAAAUUGUAACCGGUCCAGGCGGUGGCGGCAGCGUUGGCGGCACCGGCCAUUCCCACAUGUUCUUCAUGGGCAAUCCAGGUGAUUAUGCGUGGGGACGUGAGGGUCUCGAUACGAUCGUUACGCAGAUGCUUAAUCAAAUGGAGACAUCGGGGCCGCCGCCGUUGUCGACGCAACGCAUUAACGAAAUACCAAAUGUGAAAAUCAGUGCCGAGGAAGUGGAACGCAAAAUGCAAUGCUCCGUUUGUUGGGAUGAUUUCAAGCUGGAUGAAUCGGUACGCAAGCUGCCCUGCUCGCAUCUGUAUCAUGAAAACUGUAUUGUGCCAUGGCUGAAUCUGCACAGCACCUGUCCCAUUUGCCGCAAGUCAUUGGCCAACGAUGAUGACAACGAUGACGCGGAAAUUGAUGAGGAUUAUGUGCUCCUCAACAGCCUUGUCGAUGAGAAUGGCAGCGGUCGCAGCGGUCGCAGCGGUGGCAACAGCAACGCUACUAGAGCUGCCACAUCCACUAAUGCAUCUAGUCAAACGGUGGCCUCCCAGUCGGAGCCAACAGCAGCAGCCACACAACGCAACAACGUGUUCACCUUUGAUGAUGACAAUAUGUUUUUGGACUAAUUCAUGAAUGCAUAUUAUGAAUUAUUGGGGCGGAUCGGAUCUGGGAUGUGGUUGGUAAACCUGAUAUUCAAAAUUGAAGCCUACGCAGCUCAAGCGUUAGUACACAAAAUCUAAACAGUUGCAUAUAUUUAUAAAAAAAAAAUGUCUUAACAAAAUCAAUUACACACACGCUUUACUUUUGUUGUUAUUCAAAAUAUGGGCUGGUAAACAAUAUUUGCAAAUUUGUUAUCAUUUCACAUUUGGCUACUGCAAUAAAGUUUUGUAAGCGUAGUGAGGCGAUUACCAAUUUUUAUAGGAUGUUAUACAAAUUAUGUAUAAGUAACUUCAAUUAUAUUUAUUGUACUAAAAACUUAAAAAAGAAAAUGUUUUUGCGCUAUAUUCUAAAAUAUAACAGUUUUUAUAUAGAAAUAAACUGUAACUAGCUACUAGUUAAAAAACUAA